GACGCGAUAAAGCAACACAAUGGAGGUGCAGAUGGAGUGUGCAGAUCCCGCUGCGGCCCCUCUGUGCGACCCCCAGCCCACCGGGAAGAUCAACAAAGCUGCCUUCAAGCUCUUCGGAAAGCGACGUGCUGGCUCUGGAAUGGCCAGCUUCUUCUCCUUCAGAAACAAAGGGGCCACGCUGAGCAGGACCAAUGGGCACUCUGACACUGGGAAUUCUCUGAAUGGGAAUGGUUCAAUGUCAUCAGUUGAGCUGGUGAGAAGCAAAACACAUGAUGGACUCACUGGAUCCAUCAAUGAUGCUGAUGGACAGAGAACGGAGGGGUUGUUUGCUCUGGAGACAGGAACUGUGAUGUCUCUGAGUAAAUCGCUAAGUUUCUUCUCUCUACUGCGACGUGGGAGUAUUAAGUCAAGUGAAAAUGGUGCGGGACUUGUUCGAAGAGGGAGGGGCUUGAAGGGGUUUUUCAGUAGCAUCCGCUGGCGACGUAAGGACAAAACAAACGAGCGAGAUGGGGAUGUGUUGGAACCCCAGAAGGAGAAGGACGUGGAUGUUGCAGAUCCUGUAAUGGCAAAGGAUGUCACCGUUACCCUUGACCCAACACCACAUUACCACCAGGAGGAUCAUGGGAAGACAGAGGCAGAAUGUAACCUGCAAGCAACCGAGGCUCAUGCUACUCGUGUUUCAUUGACACCCACACAGUGUGGGACCAUUCCAGGCCCUUCUGGUGAGCCCGAUUCUCUCUCUCCUUACACACCUAAUGACUCCCCUUUGUACCCUGCCACCAGCAAAGCCAAAGCCUCUGUGUCUAGCCUCACUCCCUCACUCGCCACACCGCCUUUGGAGUGUUACAGCACAGCCGACCCCCCCUCGGAACCCUCGGUAGACCGUUUGUGCUCUCUUCUGUUCAAUGACGUCACAUCCCUCAAGAGCUUUGAUUCUCUCACCGGCUGCGGGGACAUCAUUGCAGAUCCAGAUGAGGAGACAGCGGGUAAUGGGGGCAGUGGUACUAGUAGUAGUAGCAGCGGUGGUGGUGGUGGGGGAGGGGUGAGUGUAGGAGGAUCAGGUGUUGGGCGGCCACUCGGGGCCACCUGCGCCACAACUCGUGGCUCCCCUUCGAAGGCCCCUCUGUCUUCCACGCUGACACAACCCUUGUUUACCGCAUCUUCUGGCCCGGCUUCAUUUCCUGUUUGUUCAGCAGUGCCAUCCUCCCCUCAGCCACCCCCAGUAGGCAGUGGGGUGGUGGCCUAUAUGGGUGGCGGGGAGGAAAUGGCGAGUCCAGAGGGAGUUGAUGAUGCUGACAUGCAAGGUCUUUGGCAUAUGCUGCCUUCGACUGGGGACAACUCCCCUGCUAUACCCCGAGCACACCAACCCACCUGCACCACUCUCACUUCCACCUACCCCCUUCGCACCCCCAACUCCGCCAGCUGCCACCAACAUUCAAGCAAUGUAUGUGUGGAUCGUAAGACACUGCAGGUGAAAUCUUUGGGCCUCAGUAAGAUUCCAGUUGUUGGUGGAGCAGGAAGUCGGGUGACAAAGCCCCUGUUGCCUCAUAGUCGUCAUCCAAUGUCACCUGGAGACAAAGAGCCACUCAGUGACGAAGGCUACUGGGAUACACCCUCUGCAACUCCUACAGCAACACCUGAGGAAAGCGGGCUCCGGCAAAGGCAUAAUAUGUCUCGUGAUAGUUGCUCUGGUGACCACCUGUACGACCUCUACAAUGACCCAGACGGUCCAGAAGGUGAUGAAGACCAAAACAGUUCUUCCUCCGUGUCAACCGAAUACAAACUCAGUCCUCCUUCCUCCUCCUCCUCUUCCUCAUUCCGGUCAAUAAAAGGCAGCGCCAGCCUUCCCCGGGAAUCUAAGAUCCCAGUCAGCGCCAGACAAACGACACCACCACAGUCAGCCAGCCAAUCAGCGCUGUCGUCUGUCCUGGAGUGUGAAUCGUCUGCGUCAAAGACCCAACCGCCUCCUCUGGCUCGCACCAGAAUCCCCGUAUCCAAGGUACCUGUGCGUCGUUCCACAAACAAACCGGGCACCAUGACCAAGACCCCGAAGAAGUAGUCCCUCCUUAUUCUCAGGCCUCUAUGAACUUCAGAGGCUGACCCCUCUGUGCUGUUUUUUACAGAGCCAAAGGUUUUCCUAAGCCAAGAAAAAUAUUGCGCUGUCCAGUUAAUGGUCCAAGAAUUCCUUUUGAAUCUUAACAGCUCUCCUUCCCAAAAGGCUACAAUUGUGUAAUGCGGGCUUCUUCACCUGAGAAAAGUCACAAGGAGCCUCCAAAAAAGCCUGGAUUAACCUCUUGUAGUUCUCACUAGAUCUUUGAAUCUUGACCCUUGACAAUCCAUGAACUCUGAAAAGUCUACUUUUCAACUACCUGCAAAAAGGCCCGACUGCGAGUUGGAAUUCGACGCUUCUAUUCAUGAGUGCAUACAGCAAAAAUAAGCUGCUUUUCUAAAAUCUUUUGUGACCUUACACAUUUAAAUCAAUUUCCUCUUGAAGAUCACUUAUUUCAUCUCUAACCUUUGAAUCUUCCCAUUUUUGAGCCAAAGUAUCAUUCCUUACAUGAUUUAGAAUAGACGAAUGCCUUUUUUUAAUCACCGAUUUUGCACUCUGAUUAAACAUCUGCAUGUGAAACAACAAGUAAUUUCCCACAUAGAUCUGAAGGCUGUUGUUACAUCUCUAUUUUGAAUCCCAUACAUGGGUCACUUAAAGUCACGCUUUAGCACAUUCCAUGCAAAGACUUUGAUUGUGGAUGGCUCCAAUUCGACUUCUGCGUCACACCUUUCCUUAAACUGAUUGCAUCAUGGGAAGUUCAAACAGACCAAUCAUUUUCCAAAACUAAAACACAAAAUCACUGUACAUUACUGGAAAUGCCAGUGACUAUUGCAAUACUGUAUAUUGUUCAAACACUAGCAUUACAUUUUACUCCCUCUGCAUUCAGGGCUGCACAUGUGAAGCACAAAGUUCAGGGAACACACAUGCAUAUAAAUACAUUCAAAAUUUGUACUUAAAUUCCACUGGAUGUCUUUCUACACUAAGAGCACAUGCUAAAGCUAAUUUCUGCAUGGAGUGCUUUUCUUUUAAACAGCUUUUUAUAUACUAACAUAUGGCACAGACUCAAACUAUGACUUCUCCAGCUUUCCAAUGUAUCUCUUCUUUCUAAUUAAAAAAAAUCCAGAGACUGUUGUGAAUGGUUUAAGGUUGGGAAAAAUUGCUUCUGGAAUAUAUGUC